UUCGCGAUGCGAAUAAAAACGUCAGGAAUUCGCGCAAACAUAGACAGAUCGCGGCGAAAGUUUCUUUGAAAUUUCACCCGGGCAUUUCCUCGCGGAUUUUUGGCGUUGAGCUCAAACUACGAUUGAUUCGACGCUAUGACGAAAGCGAUAUGGUUGCUUGGCUGGCUAACGCUGUUGAUCGCAUCCAGACACAGCGAGGGCCAACAAUGCAAUUAUUACCAAGAUAUGAUCGCUGGUACCACGUACUACGUUUACAACCCGAGUUAUCCGAAUUACUAUCAAGGAUCUCAGUCGUGCAUCUGGACCCUGAGGAGCCCCACUCGAAUCAACUUCACCUGCUCUGUAUUUGAGUUACCAGACACCCCGAACUGCGUCGGGGACAGAAUGGCCGUCCAAAUAAGUCCAGACACCACUCAACUGUACUGUGGCUCGAAAACAUUCAGUGUGGAGUCUGAAAGUGAGGAGAUGAUCAUCACGUUUACAGCGUACGGAUGGACACGGGGUCGAUUCCUUUGCAUAGCGCGAACUACCACCGUUGCCGAGCCUUGUCGAUGCGGAUGGAAGAAUCCUUCUAGAAUUGUUGGUGGCACGGAGACAGGGGUGCACGAGUUUCCUAUGAUGGCUGGGAUGGUGGACGCUACAACACGACGCGUGUACUGCGGUGGUACCAUAAUAUCCCCUUCGCACGUGGUGACGGCAGCUCAUUGCAUCGUAAACAGAAAUAUCACGACGAUUGGAGUUGUGGUGGGCGAACACGACCCAUACACAGGGACAGACACGAAUGCCACGGUGCUGUAUCGCGUCAAGAGCGUCAUCAUCCACCCGGAGUACGUUCGCGAAUUGUUCCUGAACGACAUAGCUGUCGUUGAACUGGAUGGGAAGAUACGUUUCAGUAACGAGAUUGGCCCCGCUUGUCUACCCUUUCAACAUUCGCCGGACACUUUUGGUGGCGCCUACGUCGAUUUAUUGGGCUGGGGAUCGACGGAUUUCGGCGGACCACCGUCCAGCACCCUCCAAAAGGUCACGGUAAGCGUGAUCACGAACCUCGAAUGCUCGGCUAUCUAUCCUACCAUAAAUAUAAAUAGAGAUACGAUAUGCACCUACGGGAAAGGAAAGGACGGAUGCCAGAUGGACAGCGGUGGGCCAGUUCUGUGGCAGAAUCCCACGACCAGGCGAGUUUCACUCGUGGGAAUUAUCAGUCAGGGUAGCGGUUGCGGAAUCUCGGCCGGCGUGAACUGCAGAGUCGGCGGUUACGUGGAUUGGAUUGCCUCGGUAACCCCAAACACCAUUUACUGCAUGGUCGAAUAAACAAACCGUACCUGAUCGUUUCGCCUCGAUUUGACGCGGCGUCGACUGCGCAACUGAUCGUCCCAAUAAUUUCGUUGACGGAACAACUCGCAUUCUACGCAAGCGGAUUCCCUGUUUUUAUACAGUUAACACAGUUAGUGUAUUCUUCCUAUGGAAGCGACGUAACGUCAUCCGAAUCAAACGGUCGAAGCUACGUCAAUCCAUAGGCCAGUCCCCAGGGGCAAAAUAAUAUUGGCAAAGAGAGUAGACGAUUGAACGACGUCCUUAUCGAUACGAACUUUCUGAAUAUUAAGUGAUCAGGCAACGUGGUAUUAUAUAAAAGUUUACGUAUAUAUUAAGGUCUCUAUACACAUAUAUGUACAGAUAUGUAUAUAUAUAUAAUGAAAUAAUAAUAUAUAUAUAUAAUAUAUAUAUCUAAAAUGUAUAUAUGUGUAUAUAUAUAUAUAUGUACAGAGAACUUAAUAUAUACGUAUCUUUGAAAAGAAUUAGAGGUACUACUUACUCGAAUAACCUUCUAUUAUUAUCAAUAAUGGGCGAGAUAAGCGUUGAAGGAAGUGUAUGAAGUGACGCACACUAUUUUUUGUAGGUUUCCCUAUAAAUUCACAUGUAAAUGCUCACCUUAAUGCAACAAGAUUCUUCUAAUUAUCUAUGGGGAUUGGCCUCGAGAUUGGAUAUGACCGGAGCUUCUAUCCGUUAUCUAAAAUUAAUGUAUACUCGCGCGAAUACAUUUACGUUCGUUAUAUUAAA